GGGAGAGAAUUCCUGCAGGACAUCCAUUUGAUGAUCAUACAGCACCAUCGGUGGAGUGACCUCCAUUCUGGAUUCAGUCUUUGCAGGGCUUAUGUUCUCAUCCUUUUGCAGGGCUUAUGUUCUCAUCCUUUUUUUCAAUGUCCUUGAAGAAAAACUGUUAAAAAUGAGUUUGUUGUGGAAUUUGUCCUCCAAUGACCAGCUGAAGCACCUGUUGAUUAGAGAAGCCCUGCAGACGCUGACCGAAGCUGUUCUCAUCCCUUACUCUGGCUGGCCAGAUCGAGAUUACCCAAAGUCAAGUGCCUUACCUGACCCUGAUAUCUUCUACAAUGCCACAGGAUGCUUGAGAAACAUGAGCUCUGCCGGCCCAGAAGGAAGGAAAAAGAUGAGAGAAUGCAACGGCUUGAUUGAUUCUCUUGUGUAUUAUAUUCAAGGAGCUAUUGCAGACCACGAGCCUAAUGACAAGGCCACAGAGAACUCUGUGUGUAUUCUUCACAAUCUUUCCUACCAGCUAGAGAUAGAGCUCCCUGAGACCUAUACCCAGAGCAUAUAUAUGCAAAAAAGAAAUAUUUCUAGCAACGAUAAAACACCGGGUUGUUUUGGAACACGGAGCAGAAAAGUAAAAGAGAAGCAGCAGGACACCCCACUACCUGAGGAAAAGAGCAAUCCCAGAGGUAUUGAAUCGCUCUGGCAUUCCACACUGAUUAGGAUAUAUCUCUCCUUAAUAGCAAAGAGUACCAGAAACUAUACCCAGGAAGCAUCCCUGGGAGCUCUUCAGAACCUCACAGCUGGCACUGGACCAAUGCCGUUUGCGGUGGCCCGGACUGUUGUUCAGAAGGCGAAUGGCCUUCCAAGUAUUCGAACUAUACUGCAUGUAAGCCACCCGACAGUAAAGAAGACAGCGGUCUCCCUGCUCAGGAACUUGUCUCGCAACCCCUCUCUGCAAAGUGAUAUAGCUAGAGAAGUUUUGCCUGAUUUGAUCUCGAUACUUCCUGAGUCUGCCCAGGGGUCUGAUACUGUUGCUGAAACCACGGCGUCCAUCUGCUACACCUUGUACAAUUUGACACAGAGCAGCUCUCACAACGCACGGCUUCUCCUGAGCGCUCAUGGCCUACCGAAGAUUAUUGCCAUCAGCAUGAAUGACAGUAAUAUGUUCAGCAAAGCCAGCAGGGCUGCUUCAGUCCUCCUCUACUCCUUGUGGUCACACACCGAUCUGCACAGUGCUUACAAAAAGGCUGACUUUAAGAAGGCAGAUUUCAUCAACUCCCGGACCACAAAAGCCUAUAACUCACUAAAAGAUUGA